AUGGCACUUGCAUCUGCAAUGCACGCAGUCGCUUGGUCGGUACCGUUACAAUCAUCGAGACGAGACGUCGCCGGCGAAGACGGUGGAGGGUUGGCGAGUGAUGCGACUUAUUUCCGGUCCAGGGAGCGCAGUGCUUUUUCACAUCCUGCGAGGGUCGCGGCGCUUCCGCGCGGGGUCUGCAGGAGCUAUCGACGACCAUGCAGCGACCUCAAGCGACGGUGCAUGAACGGCGAUAUCGUCGUGUCGAUGCCAGGAGGUGUGUUGGAGGGUGCGGGUGUUCAUCAGGGUGGAGGAAAGGGAGGGCGGACGAUGGUUUGGACGAGUGGUCGUUGGCUCUGCGGCGAAAUGAGGGAGCAGAAGUAUGAAUUGAAUGACGGGUGGGGACGGCGGCGGCGAGUGCAGAGUAGUGUGGGUACUGGAGGUAUUUGGUGCCAGGCUUGGCGGCAUACUCGAGUCGGCGUGGUGUGUGUGCGGCGGCUCGCGUGUCUGCCGAGCAACACAAGACAACAAUGGAACACAGACGGUCGCACCGCACCGCACCACGACGAUGUGUGUCGAUAG